CAUGUGACCCCCCUGAGCCGGCAGCUUUCGGGGCGCGCGCGGGGUUCCCGCUGGGACGCUGUUGCCAUGGGAACGCGGCCUGCCUGCUUGCCCGCGUUGCUGCUGCUACUGCUCCUGCCCGCGCCGGCCCACAGCACCCGCGACCCCGGCUUUCAGGAGCGGUACUUCGAGCAGGUCUUGGAUCACUUCAACUUCCAGACCUACUACAACAGGACCUUCUUCCAGCGAUACCUUGCCGCAGAGAAAUUCUGGAACAAGGAAGUUGGGCCGAUGUUCUUUUAUACUGGGAAUGAGGGAGACGUCUGGGAAUUUGCUCAGAAUUCUGGGUUCAUCCUUGAGCUGGCAGAACAGCAGCAUGCACUGGUGAUCUUUGCAGAGCAUAGAUAUUAUGGGAAGUCUCUUCCGUUUGGGAUCCCAUCAACAAUGCAGAAGAAUAUUGGCCUCCUCACUGUGGAACAAGCCUUGGCUGACUAUGCGGUGCUUAUUACGGAGCUGAAAGCUCAGUACAAUGCCAGGGACUGCCCAGUCAUUGUUUUUGGAGGCAGUUACGGAGGCAUGUUGAGCGCUUACAUGAGAAUGAAAUAUCCCAAUGUUGUGGCUGGAGCAUUAGCAGCCAGCGCGCCUUUGUUGUCUGUGGCUGGGCUUGGAGACCCCACCCAGUUCUUUAAAGACGUCACUGCAGAUUUCAGGAAGUCCAGUUUGGAUUGUGUCAAAGCUGUGCGUGAAGCUUUCCAGCAAAUCAACAACCUGUACUUGAGUGAAGCCUAUGAUAAAAUCAGCAGUGAAAUGUCCACCUGCAAGAAAGUUUCGAACAAGAAUGAUGUCUACCAGCUAUUUGAGUUUGCUAGAAAUGCUUUCACUGUGAUGGCAAUGAUGGACUAUCCGUACAAAACAGACUUCAUGGGCCACUUCCCUGCUAACCCAGUGAAGGUUGGCUGUGACCAGAUCCUCGCACAUCAGGACCCUAUUAGAGGUUUGGCUGCUCUUGUUGGUGUGUUCUACAACUCAAGUGGAAAAGCAUCAUGUUACGACAUCUACAGCCAGUACAGAAAGUGUGCCGACCCAACAGGCUGUGGCACUGGCUCAGAUGCUGAGGCAUGGGACUAUCAGGCCUGCACCGAGAUCAACUUAACUUUCAGCAGCAAUAAUGUGACUGACAUGUUCCCUGAGAUCCCCUUUACUGACGCCAUGAGACAGAAGUACUGCUACAACAAAUGGCUUGUGCAACCACGAAAGCAUUGGCUGCAGAUCAGCUUUUGGGGCAGUGACCUGAAAGCAGCAAGCAACAUCAUAUUUUCAAACGGAGACUUGGAUCCGUGGGCUGGAGGUGGUAUACGCAGUAACCUGAGUUCAUCACUUAUUGCAAUAACCAUUGAGGGAGGUGCUCAUCAUCUGGAUCUCCGAGGAUAUAAUCCAGUUGAUCCUCCAUCUGUCAUAGAGGCACGCAAGCUAGAAGCAAGGAUUAUCCAUGACUGGGUGAAAUCUGCAAGGAUCGAGAAAGCUUGGGAGAAAUUUUCUGGAGCUUCUUCUAGUUUGUUGCCAUGAAAAUAGCCAUGCAGUCUUCAGCAGAAAUACUGUGCUGUUAUUGUUUGUACCAGAAAGUAUAAAGGGCAGUAGCCGCCUUUUGCACUAACUUUGAACCCAAUCAUUUGAGGAAAAAUGGUCAGUUUAGGUGGUUCUGCCAAGGCAGUGGAAAUUGAUCUUAUAGCUUCCUACCAUGAGUCAAUCAAGAAAGCCAUUAGGCCAAAUCCUGUGGCAGGACACAAACAGCACUCUGUACGGGUGACAUAUUGCAUCAAAGUAAUUCUAAAUGAGAAGGACAGAAUAAAAUGUUAAUGUAAAACCAGCAUACCAUUCGACAAGAACUGGGCCGUACUUCAACAACAUGCUUUUCAGAAGGUUGGAGGAAAGGAUGUGGCCCUGUGAUAAACACCAAGUAUUAUCAUUGUAAUGCUCAUCCCAUAGAAAUCAUCACUGUGACAAUUAUAAGAUAGUUGUAGCCACUGCCUUCUUUCAGCUCAAAACAGAGCAUGCAUCUUCAAAGUAAGUAGGUGGUACCUGAUGACUGGGAGAAGUCGAGUGGUGAUUGCUAAUUGGAAUGAUCAGUUAUGGGAAAUCAGCUGGAGAGAGACUAGUUUGUCCAAAAUAAUUAAUUGUUAGUGACUGUUCCGAGACUGAAAAACCCUUAGUAAUCGUCAGCUGCAUAGCAGAGAUCAGAUUUUGGUGAGCAAGUGGCCUACAUAAAAUAAUGCCAAGGGGAACUGCUAAUAUACCCGGACUGCAAUAUUAUGGAGUAAUAAAUCACACUUGCAAUUAAGACAGCUCCACUCUUUUUUUUUAAAUAAAUUAUAAGUUUAUUAAACUGUGUGAUAGAAUUCCAUGGUUUGGCUUUAAGUAUAACCAAAGGGGAUACAAAAAGGAUCUCUCUCACCCUUCUAAAAAGGUGAAGCAAAUUCAUCUUUGUACAUUAACAAAUGGACUCUUACCUACUGGAAUCACUGUGUACCAAUAAAUACUAGCAAGACUGCAAAAAAUCUUA